GGAGCGCCUUCGUCGUGCCUGGUGUGAAUGGACCAGGAGAUAUUACGAGGAAGGAUGGCUCUAUCAAGCAUGUCCUUCCCGCUUAUCAUGAGGAAUCGGCCGAAAAGGCAUUCACGGUCCUAGGAGUGAUUCGACGCACCUCCUGUAUUACUCACGCGGAUUUCCAAAUACCCUAUGCAGCCUUCGUCAGACCGCUUCUUGAAUAUGUCAACCAAGUUGUCUAUUCAGGACACCAGGUAGACCUAACACUAACUGAGCGUGUCCAACCUGACGCUACGAAUUUGGUGGCGGGCCUCAAAUCCGUGGACUAUGAAACACGUCUCACGAUUAAUGUCACUUUGAAGCAUUUACGACCCGUGAUUAAACGGGUGGGUAAGGAGUCAUUGCAACAAGUUGACUAUCCCAUUUGGGAACUCCUAAAAGCCGAGAAGCUCCGACAAGCUAGCUCGCUAGAACUUGUAGCAUCCGAAAAUUUCACAGGCCGCGCGGUUUUGGAAUGUAUUUCAUCAUGCUUGACCAACAAAUACACUGAGGGCUAUCCAUUUAUCAGGCUUCCGAGAGGUACCGCAUUCAUUGAUCAGAUAGAAGAUUUAGCUCAGAAAAGGCUUUUGGAACUCUUCAAGUUGAAGCUUCCCGAAGAAAGCUUGACUGCUGCUCCGUGGGGCGUGAAUGUUCAACCACUGAGCGGGUCUCCAGCAAACAUGGCUGCAAUGACUGCACUUCUACGACCACAUGAUCGCAUCAUGGGUUUGGACAUUAUGGCCGGUGGUCAUCCAACUCACGGUCAUGCAACUGCCAACAAAAAGUUGAGCGCAGCAUCCAUUUAUUUCGAAACAAUGUCUUAUCGCUUAGACUCGAAUACUGGGUUAAUUGAUUACGAUGCACUGGAGGAACUUGCAUCCAGAUUCAUGCCAAAAAUGAUCAUUGCAGGCGUCUGUGUUCACCCUCGGUUAUUGGACUAUGCACGGUUUAGAAAGAUAUGUGACUCCGUUGGUGCCAUCUUGCUAGCUGACAUGGCUCAUAUCGCGGGUCUGGUUGCCGCAGAUCUGAUCCCCUCACCGUUUGAGCACGCUGAUAUAGUGACCAGCACAACGCACAAGACUCUUCGUGGUCCACGUUCUGGUAUGAUUUUCUACCGGCGUCAUUCGUCCAACUGUGAAAAUUCAAAUCGCACCGUGCCUGUUGCGGAGUAUGAAGAAAGAAUCAACCAAGCCGUUUUCCCCGGACUGCAGAGUGGUCCACAUGAAAAUGUGAUCGCUGCAAUGGCUUGCAUGGCAAAAGAGGCCUCAGAACCGCAUUUUAUCGAGUACGGUGAACGUGUCUUACGCAAUAGCCAAGCACUUGCACAAGAACUCCUCUCCCUUGGCCUUCACCUGCUCACUGGCGGUACUGAUUUACAUUUCGUGAUUGUCGAUUUAAGCCGUUCCUCAGGUAGGCCGAACGUAGGUAAGGGAGAUGCUGCUCGGGUCCAGGUGGUUGCUGACGCCUGCGGACUCACUUUCAGUGCUGUACCAGUUCCACACGAUGAUAGUUUUAACAGAACUUCGGGACUUCGGAUAGGUACACCCGCACUCACCUCACGCGGAUUUUUGGAAGAUGACUUUAAAAUUGUUGCAUCACUGAUCAACGAGGUCCUCAACAUCACUGAAGAGUGUAAUCGCGUUUCGAAUCAUUGGGAUUCUCUGCCAAAGCUGCUGAGCACUAACCCGAAAAUUUCUUCAUGGAUUUCGAAUAUUCGUCAGCAAGUGUCGGGGUUUGCUUUGGCCUUCCCAAUGCCGGGAAACGAUGAUAUAUAGUAGCAACUCAUGUUAAAGCAUCGUUAUGCCGAUGGUGACGUUCACGAUCGGACCUGAAUGAGGGUACCUCUGUUGACCACAUUUUGGCUUAUACAGUUGACACUUUAUGAGUAAUGUUUUACUCUCAAAUUUUCCUCACUGAUCUACCUAAAGUAAAAUUUUUAUGCAGACAAUUUUUCUUCAUGAAUUCAUCUCGAA